GUGUUCUCGUCGGACUAAUUUGGGCGUUUCAAAGGAGGAAACGAAUUCGGAUGGCAAAACAAGUCGAGGGUUCUUUGAUUCAGUUUACAUAUGGCGAUUUGCAGCGUGUGACCAAGAACUUCUCUGAGAAGUUGGGCAGCGGAGGCUUUGGCUCUGUUUUCAAAGGGACAUUAAUUGAUUCAACCGAAGUAGCUGUGAAGAAGCUUGAAGGCUUGAGACAAGGGGAGAAGCAAUUCCGAACCGAAGUGAGCACAUUGGCUGCUAUUCAGCAUGUGAAUCUGGUUCACCUUCGCGGUUUCUGCACCGAGGGCAGCAAAAGGCUUCUAGUUUAUGAGUACAUGUCCGGAGGUUCCCUGGACUCUCCACUUUUUCAAAACAAAUCCACGGUUCUGGACUGGAAGACGAGGUAUCAAAUUAUUCUUGGGAUUGCGAGAGGAUUAGCCUACCUCCAUGAGAAGUGCAGGGAGUGCAUCAUACACUGCGACAUAAAGCCAGACAACAUACUCCUCGACAAGGACUUCUGCGCCAAAGUUGCAGAGUUUGGCAUGGCGAAGCUCAUCGGUCGCGACUUCAGCAGGGUGCUGACAACCAUAAGGGGAACCAUUGGCUCUGCACCCGAGUGGAUUUCAGGCCUGCCAAUCACCUCCAAGGUUGACGUCUACAGCUUCGGGAUGAUGCUUUUUGAGCUGAUAUCUGGCAAGCGAAACGCAUCGCACUCUGCAGAUGGGAGCAAAAUCUUUUAUCCGUCCUGGGCGGCAACAAAGGUCGUUGAAGGCGAUAUAUUUAGCUUAUUAGACCAGAGAUUGAAUGGUUCUGCCGACCUUGAAGAGCUAACCAGAGUCUGCAGAGUUGCUUGCUGGUGCAUUCAAGGCUCUGAAUCUAACAGGCCAACAAUGGGACAGGUGGUGCAGAUCCUGGAGGGAGUCCUGGAGGAUUUCCUUCAAUAGGUGUCAAGCUGUAUGGGGCACAUGGUUCUUCGCUGAGCAUGUCAAUAACAUGUAACGGGUUGAAGAAGAGCUUAUAGUUGUUAUGAUCCAUUGAUCCUUAAGAUGGAUGUUUGUAUGAGGGUGUAUCGUUCUAUAGUGGCUGCAGUAUCUUUGUAGUGGCAUAAAGUUCAUGGAUAUCUCUUGUUAUAAAGAUAGGUUAGAUAUGUUAUGAAGUUUUCAACUCAUCACUUUCCAAGCAUGAGUUAUAUAGAUAUGUUAGAUACACGAGUAAGCUGGCAACCACCGGAUGUACCUCUUGUUGAAGACAAUGUUCAAGACCUGCUUAUCUAUUUA